AGUCGUUUGAUCAGCUGCUAAGUGAAACAGUUAGCCGUUACAGCUCCUUUGCUAGCUUCUUAAAAAGCCUACAUGAACUGUUAACGUUGAAAAUCUUUCUAAAUCAGCAUUUGCUUCUCGAAGCUGCAUCUUCCGCGUAUAAUCAUAUUCAUCUUCAGUAGCCAUCAUGGGUGAGGUGGAGCUGUCCUGUCGGGCUUAUGUGAAGAUGUACCUGCACGCCUGUCUGUUUCCGCGCUGCAGCAUCAACGGCCUGCUGCUGUCGUCCAGCUCGGCAGGUGGCGCUGUGUGUGUGACUGACUGCGUACCGCUGCUUCACUCGCACCUGCCCCUGGCUCCCAUCACUCAGCUGGCCCUCACGCAGGUGGACGUGUGGUGUUCACAGACUCAGCAGAGGAUAGUGGGAUACUAUCAAGCCAACGCCUGCGUAUCAGACAGUAGUCCGACGCCGUGUGCGCUGAAGAUAGCCGAUAAGGUUGCUGAGCAGUUUGAUAAUGCAGUUUUGUUAAUGCUUGAUGGUAGUAAGAUGUCUCCAGACUAUCGGGUUCCUCCCAUCGUGAUGUAUGAGCGCAAAGAUUCAAGAUGGAUGCUCAAAGACAAACACACGAUAAUGCUGAGACAGUGGGAGGAGACCCGGGCGAUAGCCAGUCAGAUGCUGGAGUCGGGCGAUCACAUGCUAUUGGUGGAUUUUGACAGCCACUUGGACGACAUAACAAAGGACUGGACCAAUCAGAAACUUAACACCAAGAUAGCAGAGCUCGCCUCGCCGGUCAACGGGAACAUCUAGGCUGAGGAGUGGCCCCAGAAUUAUUUAUGUUCUGAUCCAACGUCGUUUUUUUUUUUAAUAACCCGACACAACCACAUGUUCAGCACAGACUUUAGGAAGACUUUUAUUUUUAAUGCAUUUUCUCAGUUUAACACAGAACAUGACAUAGAACAUGCAUAAAUAACAAAAUAUUUACAGCUUAGUUAGAUCUCUGCAGUCUUCCACUCCCCCCUCCCCCUCCCCCACCCAUCAGAGUGUGCCUUGUGGUCCAGCCCAAUACCCUGAUGACUUAAAGGAAAAAUCCACCUUAAAAACACCUUUAACACUAUUGCUACGCAUCUGUGUGUUUUGUUUUGUUUUUUUAUUCUGGUCCCUUUUUGUCAUUUGAUGCUAUGCUACUGUUAU